GCCGAGGGUCGAGAAGCUCUGCAGCGAGCCUUGGCUCACAGUCGCUGCUGGCUUGGAGGACAAGAUGGGCUUUCAGCGCGAGAGGCUCGUCUUCGCGCUGGUGCGGGGAGGACUCUCGGUUCCUCCGGAAGUCCUACUGCCGCUGAGGGAGCUUUGCGCGUCCAAGAUACCGCUAG